AGGCAUGCGAGGAGCAUUGGCGUCACCAUAUCAUGACGAGGUCCGCCAGCUCGCUUCGCCGGAAGCUCAGCCGCGCCCAGCAGUCGCUCCAGCAUCAGAUCCAGUUGCCGGCGCAGCGUGGACGUGCGCUGCUGCAGGAAGCUGCCCUGCCAGGCUCCAAGGACCUGGCAGAAUUGACCUGCCUGCUCCUCCUCUGCGCCAAGCUCCGUCGCCGCAUUCUGUCUCCGCGCCAGGAUUGUCAAACCCAUAAAUACCACAAGCACCAGCAGCAGCAACAUGGGCGUGAUCGGUCGUCGUCAGAUGAUGCAGACAGGAGUGACUUUGAUCCAGACGAAGGGCCACCGGCGUACGAUGAAGUAGAAGAGGCGCCGCGACCACACUCGUCGAUCGAUCACCAGGGCCCACUGUCCGUCUCGCGACGCAAGGACCACAUCUGGCACGCCUACCUCUAUCAAGCCGUGAUCCGCCUUCAGCUCUUUGUACACCGCGUCGUUCCCGAGGCGACGAAACGUGCUGUCGCCGAUGUGCCGGCGCCGGCGCCUGACGACAAGGACACCAGCUCAGCGCGGGAGCUGCCUGCUUCGUACCUCCCUCCAUUGGAUGUCUGCAUCGCUUGGGCUGCUACGAUCGGACAGGUGGCCUGGUCAUUGGAACCAGGAGAGAGCCUCUCGAACGGUCCCCGCAUGAAUGUGCUGGACGACUGGGUCUUUCCUUUGAGUCUUGUCGCAACACAUUUCGAUACCACAACUUGCCGGCUGCGUGAUGGGACAGACAUUGAGGAGGGACUGGUGGCGGAGUCGAACUGGGAACGCUUGACUGGCACUCCUUUUUACGCCACAGAUGCAGUCUCUACCGCCUCUGCCUUUUCUACCUGCUCGUCAUCGCUACCAGCAUCCGUGUUUCACUCUGAUGACCGACUGCCAAAAGCCCUUAUCAUCGCCUGUCCGCAACCAGGAUGAUCCUUUCAGGCGCCCAUCGACAUCGUCUCGCCCUCGAUUCAGGACGUGGCAGUGGCGUCGCUCAGGCGGUCGCAGAGAGGCUUCGCCCAACCUGGCUGGCGAAGAGGGUGCAAGCAGUGCGGCACUUCUACGUUGGUCGAAUUGGACACUCUUGCUGGCGCCCAGCUAAUCAAUGACCUCGAGACAUGGUGUCAAGAUGAGACAUUCGUCUUCUGUGGCCUCGAACAUGACGUCGAGUCUGGCAUUCCGCUGCCUCGCUGCUAUUCCCAUGCCCUGGCUGCCCACCUUCUCACUCCCCUCUUCGGCAAAGCCAUGUCGCCUCGGCGUCGCACAGCCAACGAAGCUUACGUGAAGGAGGCACUCUCCCUCGGGGACUCGA